AAAUAAUAAAUUAAAUAGUUAAAACAAAACAUUUUUUUUAACAAUAAACAGAUAAAAGACUGAAUAAAUCAUGAAACAACUCAACAAAACCCCAAUCUUAUUACUAUGUAUAUUAAUUGUAUGUCCAUCGAUCAACUGUUGGAAACCAAUUGUGGGCACAACGAAUUUAGAUAAUCAUUAUCCAGCCUUAGAGACAUCCAUCUCAUAUCAUGGUAAAAUUAAAGCACCAACGUCCACACUGAUCCAUCACGGACCAGAUAGUUCAAGUUUUCAUCAACAACAUGUGUUACAUCAUACACCAAAUGUUGUAAUACAAGCGACAGAUCCACUAUUGGCGUCACAUCAUCAUUCUAGUGGUUUGACACCAGCGGCAGAUCCAUGUGGCAAUUAUAAAGUGGGCUUUAUACAAGAUUUAUAUUUUCAAUAUAUUCAAUACAAACAUGAGAUUCCGGAGAUGAAAGAGUUCACGUUAUGUAUGUGGACCAAGUUUACGAACCACAGUAACGAUCAUCCAUUAUUCUCAUAUGCAGUUGAUGGAACUCCACGUGCUAUUUACGCAUGGAUAGCAAACACAAAUCGUUCCAGUUAUUACAGUUUAUCCGUAUCAGGUCAUACAUUCUUCCGUUUAAAUUAUCCAAUACGAUUGAAUCGUUGGUAUCAUCAGUGCUACAGUUGGAAUGGGAAAACUGGUGAAUGGCAAUUAUGGGUUAAUGCAGAGCGAGUUGGACGUGGUUUCCAUAAUCGACUUGUGGGACAUGUGAUUCCAUCAGGAGGUAUUGCAAUUUCUGGCCAGGAACAAAGACAGCCAGGUGGUGGAUUUUUAGAAGGUCAUGAAGCUCCUAAAGGCUCUGGUGGAAUGUUAGGAGAACUAACAAUGGUUCAAUUAUACAAAAUCGCCUUAACUGCAGGCAAAGCACAUCGAAAUCAUAAACACCACCAUGCACAUAAAUUUUUACACGAAGGUGUCCCGACUACACCCGAAACACCCUCGUCAACAGCCGCUCCAGCCCCAACACCCCAACAGAAUUUGUUCCUAACUGGAGGUCAAUUAAAUCCAAUGUUACAACUUAAUUAUGCCGGGGGUCAACCUCAAGAAGAUCAAGGUCAAUUGUUAAAUGGGCAAUUAUUUAAUCAGCUAUUAGCUUCGGCUACGAAUAAUGGAGAUUCGAAUCGUAUCCAAUUAGUUCAUCCACAAUUGGUUAACUCUGGCAAUGUACAAUUUAUAAGCGAUACGUCUGACAACGGUGGUCACAUAUUCAAACGUGACAACAGUCAAACGGAAGGAACUAAAGUGAAACGAGAAGUGACACCAGAUAAUAAACACACAAAGCGAGGAUUGUUCUUGGUUGGCGAUGCAAUCUACGAAGAUGGUGCAAUGGAUGGUUUGGCGGGACUAACACACGGUACAAUGAAUUUACCCGAAAUUCUUUCGGGUUUAGCCACUUUCGAUCACAAUCAACCAAUUAUUGAUGAACAACAAAAGAGUGAAGAUCGUGAACCGGCCGAGGCUGAAGUGAAAGCAAUUAUGAAUAUGUGUACGGGAUGUGAUGAGGAACCAUUUGAGAAAGCGUUAGUGUUCGGUUGGCGAACGGUUGCUAAGAAAUUGUAUUCAGGUGCAUUUUAUACGCCUGCGUCUCCCGAAUGUAAAGCGUUUUAAGUACAAAGCACCCAAAAAUUUUAUUACAGCCCAAAAACACAGUUUGCAGGGUGUCUCGUUCUCUCAGUCUGUUCUUUGGCGUAAAAUAUUAAAAC